AGCUCCUAAACACAAUUACACAUGGCAAGUUUUGGAAGGUCAAUCUGUAAGGUACCAAUUUUGACUGUGGUAAUUGCUGUCUUAAUAACUAGAGAGAUGAGCUCAUUUACAGUCGCGAAAAAACAUCACCAGCCAUGGCACUCAGAAGCUUUCACCAAAGCUUGUUACAAGAAGAAGAGCAGCAAGUGUUGGGAAGACACGGAAUUGGUGGUACUGGGGAAGAAGGAGCUGAUAGAUUGGGGAUGUUGUAAGCCUGUGCUUGGCGACGAAUGUGCGGAUGCUAUCGUCGAUGAUCUGGAAGCCAAGCAUCCGAACGAGCCGUUCGCCUUCAGUUUUCGUGAGAUUAACACGAUGUGCUAUUGGGAUUCGAUUUUAAGAGAUCCCAAGAUUUAGAAUAAGGCGAGUGAUGAGCCGAUUCGAUCGGGAAACAAAGAGAUGGAAAGGUUGCAUUGCAAUGCAAGCGAGACGCAAGCGUACGUAUAAGACUAUUCAUACAUUUGAUAUCUUUUUUUAGCAAAUUUGCUUUCGAUCCGAUGAUUGUUUGAGUGAGUCUAUCGUUUUGUUAACAGACGAGCUUAAACGAACGAUAAACAAAUAAUCAAUGCAAAUAACUCACUCACACAUGACGUACUUGGUAUUCUCUAGAUCAGAGCCGUCCCAUGAUAAUCGGAGGGCCUGUUCGACAAUUUAAAAUGUGACCCCAAAUUUUUUUGUGACAAAUUUAUUAAUAUUAAAAAUUAUUAAAUAAUAAUAAAAUUACAAAACUUCAGUAUCGAUUCAAAUACCUAACUGUUAGUAUAGAUUCAACAAACAACUUGUAGCUCAGUGGUUGCAUCUCUUUUUGAUAGGUCCAUGGUUCGAUUCCCCUCCUUGCGCCUUUGAAUUUUGUGUUUUUGUGUUUGUGGGCCUCGCCAUCCCACGGGGCCUCGGGACUAAGGGUUUAUGUGGGGCCUUGGGAGCCCAAGGUAGCAUACAGACUCUUUGGAUUCUGUGGGCCUCUAGACUUAAUUGAUUAUGAGGCCCCAAUAAAAUUGAGGCCAUGUGCUGUGGGUCUGACCAGCACAGGGCUGAGUCGGGCCUGCUUGAGAUUAGGACUAGUCCAUAGGAGAGUUUUGCCUCUCUGAGCUCUAAUCUUAUUCCAAUAGAAUCGAUAUUCGGAUAGGUCAUUUACAUGGAAAAUAUAUAAUGUGAUCAUGCAAACCCUAGCUCUCUAAUGACGUACGUAAGCCACUCCAAGCCCUGUGCUGUGGGUCUGACUAGCACAGGACUGGGCUGGACCUGCUCGAGAUUAGGACUAGUCCACAUGAGAGUUUUGCCUCUCCGAGCUCUAAUCUUAUUUCGAUAAAAUCGAUGAUCGGAUAGGUAAUUUACAUGGCAAAUAUAUAGAUUGAUCAUGCUAACCCUAGCUCUCUAAUGGCGUACGUAAGCCACUCCAACCCACAAAGGCACACACGGCCUAGUCCGAUAACAUGUAACAAAGGAGACUAAUAUACAUAUGUACAUUUGGGACAAACACACAAAACCUAAUACGUCAACAACUUCCCUCAAAUUGAUGCCGCUCGUGAAACAUCAAUUUGCAAGACAAUUGAACUAAAGGUGGUGGGAGAAAGAGGACCUGCACAGUCUUGAAAUCAACCAUGUAUGUAAAUGUCGUUUUGUUUAUAGGUUAAGGUGUUGGGUUGGUAGAAAUGGUUGCAUGCUGAGAAAUGAAUGUUUUACUACUUAUUUGUAGCUUAAGGCAAUGUGGUCAAGUUCUACAAUGGUGGUGAUCAUAUUAUCGUUCCGACAUCCCGCUGCGGGAAAUUUCUACACACUAAGAGAGAGCGGUAGAGAAUUUAAAGAUGGUUGAAUGGUGUUUGCGAAGGAGCAUGAUUUACACGUGGGAGAUUUUCUAGUCUUUAGGCUGAAUAGCGACAGGGUGUUUCAUGUGAUGGUGCUCGACCCAACUGUCUGUGAGCGAUAGUACCAGGUGGUUUCAUCUGCUCCGGUGAAACAGAGCCAAGCUCCUCUAUCAAUAGCAGAAGAAACUCCAAUUCUUGCUAUUGAAGAACAAAACAACGACAAUAACGUUUUUUGAAUCGGUAAGUAGUAAAUUUUUGGCCUUUAGAUCAUAGUUGAAGAACCCCUUCUGUUUCGAAUCGGUAUGUAGUAAAUGGGUUCGUGAGAUUUUGAGUAAAUUGAACGGUUUCUUCAGGAAUGCCAAGAAAGGAGAAUAGCGGGG